UUACAGUCCUGCAGGAAAAUGGCGACUGUCAUUCAUAAUCCUCUAAAAUCGCUCGGUGAUCAGUUCUACAGGGAGGCCAUCGAACACUGUCGCAGCUACAAUGCCCGUCUCUGUGCUGAACGCAGCGUGCGCAUGCCCUUCCUGGACUCACAAACUGGUGUGGCUCAGAACAACUGCUACAUCUGGAUGGAGAAGUGCCAACGCCAGCCAGGCCAGGCAGCAGGACAGAUGUAUACCUACCCUGCUCGUUGCUGGAGAAAGAAGAGGCGACUCCACCCUCCCCUGGAUCCCCAGCUCCGCCUGUGUGAGCUCCGACUAGAAGCUGAGCUGGCCCCCAAGCGCGAGGGGCCCCCAGGGGAGGCUACAGCCUUGGAGGCCCUCCUGAGGGGGGACAACCCGCUAGAGAAAAAAAACAACAUCUGUAAGGAAGAGGAAACGUUGCUGGAAAUACAGAGAGUUCUGGAGGCGGAUGAAAAUGGGGACGGUCUCCAUGAUGACGAAGACUUUGACCUGGAUACUCCGAAGAGAAAGAACAGAAACAGAAGCAAAAACAGAGGAUCUAAUCGCAGGAGGACAGAACCCGCCAACCUCGACGACCAGGACAAACCAUACGUCUGUGACAAUAGAUACAAACAAAAGCAUAACUCAAAAAAGGCUGAAGAAGUCUGUGGAAAGCGCUACAAGAACCGUCCUGGCCUGAGCUAUCACUACACCCACACUCACCUAGCAGAGGAGGAGGGCGAGGAGGAGAAGGAGGCAGAGAUGGCCCCGUCUCCUCCAUAUUGCUCAGACAACCACAAACCUCAGAAAGCUGCAGACGGCUCCAUCAUCCCCAACGACUACUGUGACUUCUGCCUGGGAGACCAGGACUCCAACAGGAAGACGGGCCAGGCCGAGGAGCUGGUGUCCUGCUCCGACUGUGGACGCUCCGGUCACCCCACAUGUCUGCAGUUCACUGAUAACAUGAUGCAGGCAGUGAGGACGUACCAGUGGCAGUGCAUAGAGUGCAAGUCUUGCAGCCUCUGUGGCACCUCAGAGAACGACGACCAGCUGCUGUUCUGUGAUGACUGUGACAGAGGGUACCACAUGUACUGCCUGAAGCCUCCAAUGACCAAGCCUCCAGAAGGGAGCUGGAGCUGCCACGUGUGUCUGGACCUGUUAAAGGACAAGGCCUCAGCCUAUGGAGAAGCAUAACUUCCUUGGACACUCUACACACAUACACACAAUAUAUAUAUUUGUACCUAUACAUUAACUGUUUGGCAUACCCACACAUUAGCAAACACUUUCUCUCAGAUAGAAUAAAUCGCACACAGAUACACUCUCUCACACACACUCCAGUGCAUUAGCAGGCUCAGGACAGUUUCCUGUGUGAGCCGCAGAGAUCUUUGACCUCCCUUAUUGACGCGCAACACUCUAAACGGCAUCGACAUGCAAUCUCGACCGUAAGUCAGCUAACAGCAGGUCUGCCGUUCAGUCAUAUCUCUACCUCACCACUCAGCAGACGGCAAGAAGCCAAAGCAAGAUUGAUAAUGGCCAAUACUGUGUUGUACAUGUGUACGUGAAAUACUCAUUUUAAACCGAACAUCUUAAUUCCAUGGAUGUUUUCCCACGAUUUAUAUUCAUUUCAGUAUGAAGAUGUCGCACAGUUUCUGCUGAAGCUGUUUCACUCGCUUCCCAUGUUGCUCAAGCUCAGUGGCGGUUCUAGACCAAUUUUACUGUGGGGGCCAAGGAGGGGCCAGUGUUUAUUCAGAGUGGCACAUUAGCACAUGAAAAAAUGGCAAAGAUGAUAUUUAGGUAUUCAAAAUCUUUGAAUGUCUUCAAAAAGACACAAAAUGACUUACAAAGACACGUAAAGACAUGAAAAGGAUUCAAAAAUGGACAAAAUAGCCCAAUAAGACUCAAUGGAGUUAAACUAUUAUACAAUGUUUACAUUCUGGGUUUCUUUUGUGUACAAUGAGAUAUUGUUUGAACAAAAAAAAGGUUAAAAUUGUUCCAUUGUUAUAAAUUGAUCAUUUUAUUAUUAAUUUGACACAGGGGCCACAGCAGGGGCCAAGGGCUUCUUCACAGGGGCAGUGGCCCCUGGAGGCCCCUCUGUAGAACCGCCACUGCUCAAGCUCUACAGCGGUUUGAGUAACGUUUGUUUAAAUUUCUCCUCCCGGCUCGACUCCUCUCCUGUGUUUACACUUUACAGUGACAUUCCUUUUUCAUAUCUGGACAGACUCAGUGUUAGUUAUGCCAUCUUUCACAGGUUUUUGUCAAGCUUGGCAAAAUUUAUAUCCUGCGCUAAGAGGAAACGGAGCGAUAAAACAGCCUCGGCUAUCACUCCUGAUGGCGUGUGGUGACAUUUCUAAUCCGUGUCUGCUUUCUGUAUCCUUGCAGUCGCUAGGAUACCAUGGUGCUCAGUUUGACACUUUACAGAAAUUAUAACAUUUCUUUACAUAGAAUGUUAUUAUUUAUUUAUUGUUGUAAUGGUCCAAUGUUACUGUCAAGGAGAUCAUUGUUACUGUAAACCAGUGGUUCCCAAACUUUAUGUCAUGUCAUCCUUGUGGAAAACAAAAACUAAAAGCAGCAGAUGGAGCCUUUGUACAUGGUGAACUCCAGGCAGCACCACCAGCUAUUCUGCUAUUCUUUUCUUCCCUGUCGGGUCUAUUUACCUUCUCUCUACUUCACAUGUUGUAACCUGCUCUACACAGCUAGAUUGCUAACCUCAAUCUCGAUAACAUCAGAGAUCAUCUUGUUUCUUUGUUGUUCCCAGAUGAAUUGAUCUGAUUCAUAAACCUUUUUCACAGCAGACAGUUUCGCUUGUCAUAGCAAGAAAAGCCCCAGCAUGAAUAAUAGCUCUGUUUCAGCAAAACAACUGACUUUUCUGUCAAGCUUUUUAUUCCGGCUGCAUGUAGCCGAUGCAGUUUAUAAUUAUAACAGCUGCAGAUUUAACACAUUUUUUUUUCAAACAUUCGGCCUUUGAUUUUUUAGUGUUUUUUGACAGCUAUUUUUAGCAGUUGCUGCUAGCUAGGCUUUCUCAGAGAAUUGUUGGGAGGGAAAAUCCCUCUCCAGCUGACUUUUUAAGAAUUGUACUGCAAAAAAGGUGUGUCUAAAAACAAGAUA